GAUAACAGAAAACCAAGGCUUAAUUUCAUUAAUUUCUGACUUAAUUUCUCUUAAUUAAUUUAUUUUUGAUUUUCAAAUCCUUUUUUUCUGUAUUUUACUCAACUGAAAUAAUUGAUUUGGUUUAGUAUUUUUGAAAUUUGUUGGGUGAAAAUGGAUGCAACUUCGUUUGCAAAACGGGCAAUAUGCCAAGAAGAUCCAUUCAACCCAUUAAUUACUACGGGCAUGCAAGCAGCUUGUAUGCUUGUCAUUUCUCAUAUAUUUCACGUUAUCUUGGCUCCUUCUGGACAAACUGGUCCUAUUGCAAAUAUCAUUGCUGGUCUGGUGCUAGGUCCUUCAGUAUUAUGCCGAAUCAAACAACUAAAAGAAUUCUUCAUCCAAAGUUCUUCUAUUGACUACUAUAUCAUAAUUGCAUUCAUUUUUCGAGUAUUUUUCAUGUUCUUGAUUGGUUUGGAUACAGACGUUCCUUACAUAAGAAGAAACAUAAGAUUAUCGAGUAUCAUCGCAUAUUCCGGUAUAAUCGUAUGCACCAUCUUCGGCGGAGCUUCGGCUUUCUUUAUCCUUCAUUUAUUAAAAUUCCAAUACAAUAAAAUGUUAUUGGUUAUGAUCAUUCCAUUAAUAUUGGCAAACUCAGCUUCCCCCGUAGUGAUUCGGUUCGCAUCGGACAUGAAAAUUGACACCUCGGAUAUCGGAAGAUUAGGGAUAUGUGCUUCUCUCGUAAAUGAAAUGUCGUGCGUAUUAUUAUAUUCGAUAUUCAUCGCUUUCAAGUCGUGGACAAUGUUCGGACAUGCAUUUUUAUGCCUAUUUUGUGUCGGAGCGCUCGUUAUUAUGAAUAAAUAUUUAGCUUCUUGGUUUGAUAAAAGAAAUCAAAACCAAAAAUAUGUGUCGAACACCGAGGUGCUAAUUAUAUUCAUCUUUGUUAUCGCUACGUCUGUGAUUAUUGAAUCACAUGGCUAUCUAAGUACGUUAGCUUGUUUCGCGCUCGGAUUUUUGUUCCCUAGGGAAGGAAAGACGGCUCGGACAUUAUUGCGUAAACUCAAAUAUUCGGUUAAUAAUUUUAUGCUUCCGAUAUACUUUGGGUAUAUAGGGUUUCAAUUUGAUGUACUUUUUUUUAUGACAUUUGAUAAUGUCAUAAUGAUUACUCUUAUGAUCUUGUUGAGUACCGGAGGCAAAAUUGUCGGAACUUUGGUUGCUUGCCAUUACCUACAUAUACCAAAAAAUGAAGGGGUUAUUCUUGCUUUUAUACUCAACUUGAAAGGUCAUACCGAACUUAUAAUUCUUGAAUUACUUCCCAAAAUCCUUACAUGGUGGAGCCGAAGACUUCACAGUUUGGUGAUAAUAGUAGUAGUACUCGACACAUUAACUGCCGGAUUAGUGGUGGUUUUCAUGCUAAGAACAAGAGAAAGUUACUUUGCUCAUAGAUACACAGAGCUCGAAUCACACGAUACAGACGAUAGCGAGCUUCGAAUCUUAUCUUGUGUUUAUGGUUCCCGUCAUGCCUCGGCUAUUGUCGGCUUAAUAUCAUCAGUCGGGGGUUCGCAUAGCUCUCCGAUGAGCCCUUACUUAAUGCACCUAGUCGAGCUACCCGACAAACGUCGUAAAACAAAAUUAAUGUACCAUCAGCUAAAAGACGGGGAUCAAUUUAGCGACGAAGAAGAAUACGGAGGAAACGACGUGUUGGAAAUAAACGACGUCGUUGACGGGUUUAUUGCCGAAACUAAAAUCAUGAUCCAUCAAAUCAAAGUUGUAUCAUCCUACGAAAGAAUGUACGAGGAUGUUUGUAGCGGCGCUGAGGAUCUACGCGUGUCGAUAAUAUUCAUUCAUUUACAUAAACAUCAACGGAUUGAUGAGAAAUUGGAGAACGGAAAAGACGGAAUUAGGGCAAGUAAUCAAAAAAUUCUUCGUCAUGCCCCGUGUUCGGUCGGUAUUUUGGUCGAUAGGGGGCAUACCGGAUUUAAAAAACCGUGUCUUGACUCCGUUCAACAAGUAGCGACGUUGUUUUUUGGAGGAGCGGACGAUCGUGAAGCGUUGACGUGCAGUAAAAGGAUUGCACUACACGGUUACGUUAAGUUAACGGUGAUUCGGUUUUUGCCGACGACAUCUAAAGAAAAGUUGACGAAGUGGACUAAUGAUGCAUCUCAUAAAAAUGAUGAAGUUUUAUUAGCAAUUUCAGAUCCUGAAGCUGAAAAUGAUAUGGAUGAUGCCUGCAUGGGGGAUUUCUUAAGCAGGUAUGUGAAAUCCGGUCGAGUUGAUUAUACGGAGAAAUUUGUGAACAAUGGAGAACAAACAGCAGCAACAUUACAAGAAUUGGGAGAUAAAUAUUCAUUAAUUAUUGUAGGCAAAGGUAGAAGAGGUUUGUCACCAAUGUUGUCUGGUUUAAGUGAUUGGGAAGAAUGUCCUGAGCUUGGCAAAGUUGGUGAUCUUUUAGCUUCUGCAGAACUGAACAUUAGUGCUUCAGUUUUGGUUAUUCAACAACAUAGUACUUACUCCGACAAAGAAGUUAUUGAUCAAGAUUUGUAGUAAUUAUUGUAUUUUAUUUUGUAGGAUUUUGUGUAAUUAGCCAUUUUGAAGUGUGAUUUUGUUAUACAUUGGUUUAGUGGAAAUUAAUUUUGUAGUUCAUUCAAAUACUGUAAAUAGUUCUGCAUUUUAAUUUGGUUAAAUU